AUGUACGUGGGAUACCUUUUGGAAACAGAAGGAACCAUGUACCACCAAGGAACCGUAAGACGAUCCAGCAUCAACAUGCCUCCACAGAACUUUGUGUCCACGCCACAGUACGCCGACUAUACGGGAUAUCAUCAUGUACCCAACAUGGAUUGCCACUCUCAGUCCUCGGGGACCUGGACCCCCUCUUACGGAGCACCGAGGGAAGACUGGGGGACGUACGGACUCGGCCCCCCAAACAGUAUAGCUGCGCCUAUGAACAGCUUAUCGCCAGGACAGGUUUCCUUUUGCUCUCAAGACUAUCCCUCUAUGCACCCUCCCGGAUCCGCAGCGUUACAUCCAGGUCAGGAAAACACCGCAGACACGGAGCACUCCCCGGAUACGGAGCGGCGCAAUUCCUACCAAUGGAUGCGCAAGACGGCGCAGUCCACGUCGACAGGUAAAACAAGGACGAAGGAGAAAUACAGGGUGGUUUACACUGACUAUCAGCGGCUGGAAUUAGAGAAGGAGUUCCAUUACAAUCGAUACAUCACAAUCAGACGAAAAUCGGAACUGGCAGUUAAUCUCGGACUUUCUGAGCGACAGGUGAAGAUCUGGUUUCAAAAUCGCAGAGCGAAAGAGAGAAAAUUAAUCAAACGGAAUGUGAGCCAGUGCGACAGCAAUAGCAGCUCACUGCGCAGUGACCCUGGCUCUGUCAGCCCGCUUCCAGUGCGGCCAUCACUGAGCCCUUCCGAAAUCCACGUCUCCCUCUAUCCACCUUCAGGAAUGAACAAUGUACAGUCUAUUGGGAAUUUACAGCAAGUCACCGUCACUCAGUAG